GUCGUUUGAGCUUUGCAUACGACAAAAUACAACUUCAUCUGCUCGCUUGCUCUUUUGCGCCUUUACGUUGCGCGCCUUUCCCCCCCCUUCUGCAUAGCCCAUCACCAUCACUGUUCUUACCGUUUGCAUUUUGUCCUGGAGAACAGCCAAACGCUACAAUUACCGGCUCACUUCACGUCGCUGCUGCCUCGCUUGGUGGCUGCAAUCGUCAUCAUGGAUUAUGCCGCCUGUAACGUUAUCUACAUCGACAAGCGGGUGCGGCAUGACCGUCCUCUGACCCGCUCUCACUCUUCGGCUGCAGGAGCCUCCUCAUCUUCGGGCGCGGGAGACGUCGAUCUUAGUACGGAACACGAGACUGUCCAAAUAAAUCUUCGCAUAUUACUUUCCAUUUUUCAUCAAGUCCACAUUUGCAAGACAGGGCAUGCGUGUGUAGAGAAGGUGGGCGAAAUUGAAGAGCUCCAAGCCUCGGAGUUGCGGCCGACGCUUGUCUUCCUUGAUAUGCCAUUGGACGAUUAUUCCCAACAUCAUGUGGGAGAAGGCCGCAGUAAGCUCUGGAAGGCUUCGUCUCCACCAGGGUCACCACGUUCUCAACGUCCGCAAGACCCCGAAAACAUGGCACCGCCAUUGUAUGGACCAGUAUUAUUGCAGCAGCUCACUUCGCAUAUACUUUCGUUUGGCUGGUCCAAGUUAGUGGUCCCCAUCGCCAUGGUCGACCUUGGUGAUCAACAAGGCGCAAGUGGGACAUCAGAUGUGGGUCCUCACAGCGCAUCGCCCCACGAGAAGCCAGCGACCAUUGCCCACGACAAAAUGCUACAAUGCCUAGAAACUGGAGCUGUGGACGUAAUUUCUAGUCCAUUUUCAAAAGACCGUAUUGCCGCUUUGGCUGUCCACGCGUAUCGUGUGCACAAGGAACUGUCAAAGCAGCAGACGGGCUUUCUUCCCACGAGAAGAGGACGCAAGCGAUCCUGGGUCGGAGUCGACGAGGAGAAGCCUUAUGCGUAUCUCCGAGAAGCCAUGGUGUCUGGUCUCAUGGAUGGUAUCUGUAAACCGGUAGAGAUUGAGGACCGAUAUGACCAUGAUGAAAUUUCAAUAAGUCCCGAGCGACUGAAAGCUGUUGCAAAGGCCGUCGGCACGUGGGACUUUUCGCCUCACGAGUUUACCGAUGACGAACUAGUCUACGGAGCCUUACUUAUGCUACAGCACGCGCUUGAGAUGCCUGGCCUGGAAAAGUUUCGGAUGUCCGCAGAGGAUCUCCUUGCUUUUCUCGUGGCCAGCCGAUCUGCUUACAAUUCCUUUGUUCUGUACCACAACUUUCGCCAUGUCAUCGAUGUCUUGCAAGCAGUCUUCUUUUUCCUCCUUCAGAUUGGCACGAUCCCGCCUUUUCAAGGCCGUCCGGUGCAACCCACGGCCAAAAUUUCUCCGAUUGGCUCUCUUAUCCAGCCAUUUGAUGCUCUCACGCUUCUCAUCUCCGCAAUUGGUCAUGAUGUUGGUCACCCCGGUGUGAACAAUGCGUUUUUGAUUACGCUAAAUGCGCCGCUUGCGCAACUCUACAAUGAUCGAUCGGUUCUGGAGUCGUUUCACUGCGCCGCCUACUCUCAGAUUUUACGGCGAUACUGGCCGGCGGCGUUUCAGGACACGAAUAUGCGAAAACUUCUUAUCAACUGUAUCCUCGCCACCGACAUGGGAGUUCACUUUCAAUACAUGAAGGAUGUCGGGAACUUGCAGGAAAAGCUGGCGGAGAAUAAGGGCACUGAUGGGUGGAGUCCAAAAGUCUUGGAGGAAUACAAGGCAUUAGCCUGCGGACUCUUGAUCAAAUGUGCCGACAUUAGCAACGUCGCUCGCAAAUUUAGUACCGCGGCCGAGUGGGCUUAUAUUUUGACUGGCGAGUUUGCUCGCCAGUGCACGAUGGAGCAAGAACUCCAAAUACCUACGGCCCUCUUUGGCGGGCCACCAGUACAAGAUUCAAUCGUCAAACUCGGCGAAUCCCAGCUUGGGUUCAUGAACAUUUUUGCUUAUCCGCUUUUCGAAGCGGUUGCAAACAUAUUACCUGCCAUGCAGUUUUCCGUCGAUGAGAUUGUUGCAAACAAGGUCAUUUGGGAGACUACGAUUGCCCAGGAGAGGGAAAAGUUGAAGGAAAAGGGUUUGGAAGGGGGCGAAGAGGAGACGAGCCCAGCGCGACCAUCAGACUUUGACGGUACAUUCUCGCCUAGGUCUGGCAGCUCGCCGGACCUGACAAAGGUCCAAGAGAAUAUGGCGAAUGAACAUCCGCCAAAAUCAACAAGUCAGUCACCCAUGUCGUCUUCCAUGUUGAGCAUAUCAAAGGGAGAUCCCGAGGCCGCAAGCCGGUCGUCUCUGAGCGCCGUCGGAGCGCUAAAGGGCACGCCAUCUCAUUCCCACGCGGCGUCACGCCGGUCCUCAUUGGGAUCGCCGGGCUUCGCGACCCCAGCUUCUAAUCUAGCUUCGCGGAGGUCCUCAGGUGCGUUCAAGAGCAUAUCCCCGCCAAGCGUGCAAACCGGGGGCUCAUACAAACCGCGUGUUCCUAGUGAGUUGCAGCUAGGUGAUGAAAAGCCGUCUGCGGAGGCAAGCCAGCGACCUGCAGGUGUCGAGCAGCAGAGUUCCUCGAACCGUGUGCCCGCUACCGCCCCCGAAAAUGACACAACACGACCGAAUGGAGCCCUAAUUGGACCAGCCGCCGCCGCCGCUGCCGAUGUGGACCUUGUCGAAAACCCAUAUCGACCGAGUCAACAUCACCCCUCUGGUCGAAACAAUGACGAGUCGAACAAUCGCUUCUCCACAUCUUCCUCACAAGCAGCUCGAGGCGGUUGGAGCCCUGGACCGGGCUCGUCAGGUGUGUCUCCUUCGCCAGGAACACAAGCAACUUCUGUCGCCAGCGGCGACGCAGCGUCCCAUACUGCACAAAGUAACCGAUGCAGCUCCCCCCCACUCUCGUCUUUGCAUGAAAAUGCGGACCACCAGCAGCGGCCGCCGCCGCCUCCCAAGGAAGAAAAGAAUAACAUUGUGACAUCAAUAAGUGGAGCACCCAAGACGAUUCGACGUCGCACGAGCAGAUUUCGACUAGACUUUUGGCGGAAAAAGUCGUCCAAAAGUCGAAGUCAGAGUAAGGAAGCUUGUCCAAGAGAUUAGCUAGUCAUGUGUUCUUACGGUAUUUUUGCCCAUCUUGUCCGCUUGAAUCUCACCCAAGCUUGUAUUUCUGAGAUUUCAUCUUCAACCUAUAGUCUCUGGAGGAAGGGAAAUUCGAUUAUAACUCCGCUCCUAGUCAUUGCCACUAUUUUAAUGUAUGAGAUAUGUAUUCUUGGUUGUCCCGGCCUUUUAUCUCCCUUAUCGUUUUGUUCGAGUAUUCUUUUUUUUUUCCGGUGCUUUCUCUUCCUUUCUGUUGCUCUCUGAUUUCCCCUUUUAUUUCAUUUUUUCAUUGUAUCAAA